AUGAGGACAGCGAGAACAAUCUGUGCUUUAAUCUGCACGCUGGCAGUUCUGACAGCUCCUGCAGCGGGCUCUGUGAGAGGAAAAAGAGGAUGGUCUCCUGAUUUUUCCUCCUCCUCCUCUUCCUCCUCUUCUUCUUCUUCUUCUUCGUCCUCUUCUUUUUCUUCGUCCUUUUCCUUCUCGUCCUCCUUUGAGAGUUCAGGAGGGAUCUGUCUGAACGGAGGCAGCUCCAUGCCGUCCCUCACCACCGGGGAACACAUGUUCUGUUUGUGUGCUGAAGGAUUUGAGGGGAGCAGCUGUGAAACAGCGAAAGGCUCUGGGUGCUACGAGGGCGUGGGUCUGUACUACAGAGGCACCGCGGCUAAAUCAGAGAGCGGACGGACGUGUGAGGAGUGGGACUCUGACACCAGGGGGCGCUACAUGACGACUGAUGUCAACGCAGGGAGACACAACUACUGCAGGAACCUGUUGUACAAGCGGCGCCCGUGGUGCUACGUGUGGAAACAGCAGAAGCUGACGUGGGAGUAUUGUAAUAUUCCUCGCUGUGGCGUUGAGUCGUUUCCGGCCCCACCCACGCCGGCCCCGCCCACCCUGGCCCCGCCCACGCAGCCGCAGCCAGCUGCUGAGUCCACAUGUGGCCAGCGCUCCCGGAGGAUUCAGGCGAAGAUCGUGGGAGGAACAGUUGCCACGGUGGAAGCCCACCCAUGGUUCGCUGCCAUAUUCUGGCGCAGUAAGACCAAGGAGAGGAUGCUGCGGUGCGGGGGGAGUCUGAUCUCAGCCUGCUGGGUCCUCUCAGCUGCUCACUGCUUCCCCGACGGCAACCACACCAAGCCUCGCCGCUUCUCCGUCAUCCUGGGGAAGAACGUGAUAAACGAGAGCGACCCGGCCGUGGAGCAGAGCUUCAAGGUGGAGCAGAUCAUCCUGCACGCCGGCUUCGACAACAGCGACAACGACUACAACAACGACAUCGCUCUGCUGAAGCUGAAGGCGCGGCGGGGGCGGUGUGCCGAGGAGAGCCGCUCGGUGAGGAGCGUCUGUCUGCCGCCGCCGCUGCAGAGCCUGCAGCCCGGGGUUGGCUGCGAGAUCGCCGGCUACGGGAAAGAGAAAUACGGCUUGUGGUACAAGUCUCAGUACCUGCGGGAGGCUCAGGUGAACGUCCUCGCCCUCGAUGUGUGCAGACAGGAGGAUUAUUACGGAAACAUGAUCAGUGAUAACAUGUUUUGCGCGGGACGUCCCGACUGGAGCCAGGACGCCUGCGAGGGAGACUCCGGAGGGCCGCUGGUGUGCGAGGUGGGCAGCAGGCUCUUCCUGUUCGGGGUGGUCAGCUGGGGCGACGGCUGCGCCAAAGAGAAGCGCCCCGGCGUCUACACCAAGGUCACCAACUACAACCGCUGGAUAGAGGAGAAGACGGGGCUGCCCGCCAUCGCUAACGGAGCCAUGUUCCCCCAGAAGUGAAAAUCUCAGAGGCAGUGACGGUUCUAGACCAGUUUUACUGUGGGG